UGGCGGGCUAUGCAGGUUCCGGGGCCACCCACUCCCCCCCGUCUGUUGUUGUAAGGCGCCCCUGGGUCUUGCUGUUGACGGCAACGUUGAAGACGCAGGGAGGAGGGGGUAGCUGUUGGCGGCUGACGGCCCGGUCGUGGUGGUGGUCUCCGCUGAGACGAGGCAGCCAUGGCGAUGCGCGAGCUGGUGGAGGCGGAGUGCGGCGGAGCGAACCCACUCAUGAAGCUCACGACGCACCUCACGCAAGAUCAUGCGCUGCGGCAGGAGGGCCUCGGACGCCCGCUCUGGCCACCACCGCAGGCGUUACCCGAUGCUUCCGUGGUAUCCAAGCCGCUUUCCCAAGCGUCUGAGAUCGAGCUCGUGAAUGAGUUCCUGCACGAGCAGCAGCAUGCAAGCCAUGCGGUACGCGCUCGGGCCCCGCAGACUUUCAAGAUGGAUGAGUUGCUUGCUGAGAUGCAAGAGAUUGAAAACUCCAGCCUCAGGCAUGCCCCUCUCCGAGCCCCGGGCGUGGCAGACCUGGCACUGUCAGAGGGCUGGGCUCAGGAGUUCCUGGAGAGCGAGGGUCACGGCGCCACGCUGGAGUCCGCGCAACCUGGGCCCCCCGAGGACUGGAGCCGCGAGUUCAUUGCCGAGACCGCCGACCCAGCCCAUGCUUCCCCUGUGAAGUGGGCCGAGGAGUACCUGGAGCACAGCGAGGAGAAGCUGUGGCUGGGAGACUUUGAAGCGGCCAAAAGCGAGGACCAGAAAUGGGUGGACGAAUACAAGCCACAGGAAGUGGGGGGGGAGGAGCUCAUGAAGACGGCGAAUGAGUUCCUGGGAAGCAUCGACGACCCCAAGUUCUCAAACUCCGAGUUUAUGAAGUUCAUCAAGAAGUUGGGGGAGGGAGAGGUUACCAUUGAGGGAGGCCGCGUGCUACACACGGGUGCCGAUGCCCAGCGCUGGGCCGAAGAGUUUACGCAGCAGCAGCAGCAGCAGCAGGAGCAGGAGCAACAGGUUCAGCCAGAGACGGAGCCGGAGGAGCGGGGCGAACCGUGGGCAGACGACUUCGCUCGGGCCAAGAACAUCACGGUGGGCGAAGAGUUUGAGAAGGCCCGUGCCGCCGUCGAGUCUGACACAGACUUCUGGGACAAGCUGCAGGCCGAGUGGGAGGACAUGGCCAAGGGCGAGCCGGAAGCAAACCCGUGGUUGUCCGAGUACGACGAGGUUGUCGCCUCUUCCUAUGACAAGGGCUACGUGUUCAACGAGGAGAACCCGCUGCAGGAGCACACGGAGCCGUUUGACGAGGGGCUGCGUCGGCUGCAGGCCGGAGACCUCCCCAACGCCGUGCUGCUCUUUGAGGCAGCCGUGCUGAGUAAUCCCACACACAUGGAGGCAUGGCAGUACCUGGGCACAACUCAAGCGGAGAAUGAACAGGAGCUGGCUGCCAUCAGUGCCCUGCGCAGGUGCCUGGAGCUAAAGAAGGAUAAUCUGACGGCGCUAAUGGCGCUCGCGGUGAGCUUCACUAAUGAGGCGCUGCAGCAGCAGGCUUGCGAGACGCUGCAUCGCUGGCUCGCUGCAAACCCCACCUACUCGCAUCUCGUGCCGGCUGGCGCCGACACAGCCACGGACGGCGCAGCCGGCACUAAGAGGCGGCUCAGCUCCGUGCUGCCCAGCGGCUACUUUGCCGAGGUGCGGGAGCUGUUCCUGGAGGCGGUGCGCUGCGGAGAGGGCGCCGUCGACCCGGAUCUGCAGUGCGGCCUCGGCGUGCUCUUCAACCUGAGCGGCGAGUACGACAAGGCCGUCGACUGCUUCACGGCGGCGCUCGCCGUGCGCCCGCAGGACUACCUGCUGUGGAACAAGCUUGGGGCGACGCUCGCUAACGGCAGCCGCAGCGAGGAGGCGGUGGAAGCGUACCGGCGCGCUCUCGAGCUCCAGCCGGGAUUCAUCCGCUCCCGAUACAACCUCGGCAUCAGCUGCAUCAACCUGGGCGCUCACCGCGAGGCGGUGGAGCACUUCCUGGAGGCGCUGCGCCUUCAGCGCAAGGCGGCGGACACGGGCGGUGCGGUGGGCGCCAGCGGCGUCGACGCGACAUCCGACAGCAUCUGGAGCACGCUGCGCAUGGCGCUGUCGCUCAUGGGCCUCGCCGACCUGCACCGCGCCGCCGACGACCACGACCUCGACACGCUCCUCUCCGCCUUCGGCCUCGAGCAAUGACGGCCACGGCCGCGGCCGCUCGGCUCCGGUUCGGCCGCCCGGCUGCCCGCGCUCGCCGGCGCGGCCAGCCGCGACCGCUCGUCUCCGCCGCGGCGGCGGUGGCGGCGGCUCGCCGACGAUGCGUGGUUUUGCCAUCGCCACCGAAAGGCGGCGGCGCGGGCGCUGAUCGCGUGCGAGUGCAGCGGAGACGAGAGGGGCGAGUGCGAGCGGCGCGGCGGUGGGCCGGGAGUCGCGGCCGGGCUGUGAUGGCGGUCGGGGCACGGUUAGCGAGAGCCGUGGCCACAUCUCCGCGCCACUCGCUUGGCUCCGUUUGUUACAGCGCCGCCGUCUCGCUAGCCCCGGUCCCUUGCUUGAUUCACUUUGGCUCGAGUUUGAAAUAGUUUACCUGGGAAGGAUGUCAAUGGGUUCUAGGAGCCUUGUUCAGGAGUGUUGUGCUUUUGGAUAAAUCAUGUUGGCAUUGCCUGGAAAAGAUCCACACGGUUAAGAUCAUGCGCAAGUUAAGUGUAGAUGAUUAUCCUGUUGUGCUUUUGCAUAACGGGCAGGUUUUCCACUGCACAGGUGCAUCACACAUGUGUGAUGACUCUAGUUCCGUGUGAUACACCAACUCCAGCAUCCGAGUAGCUGGAGGGCAGUUCUGAAUCCCCCACCACUGAUCAACUUGACCAAUUUAACAUUGAUUCUUUGUCAAUUACUUUCACUUUAACGCGGGCAUAAUUUUGCUUUUGCAAGGCGCGUAGUUUUGUAGAAGACGGCAAAUAAAAAAAAAUUAGGAACAACAGUAACGGCAGAAUUUACACACGAAAAAAUCCAUCGGAGUAAACUAAUCUGCUAAAGGAUGAUUGUAAAUAUAACGCGGCAAUUCGCGUGCACGCACAGGUCCGCUCCUCGCACGAAAAAUAAAAAUGGAAAAAAUCUCGAGUCAGAUGGCAGUUGUCGCAUGCGGGCCAAAAGCAGCGAGGGUUUUAACGUUUUAAAUUUUUUGUCAAAAAUUAUUCUCAACAAGACCAUGCACUUAAGGAUAUUUUUUUCUUUUGGUGGGUUUUCAAAAAGACGCGGUCUCUCGCAGGUACGACAUUUGGUGCCACUGCUUCGCGUUGAAAUGGCAGCCGUGACCCAGCCAGCAGUACGCGACUGGUCAUGCCUGCACUGACCCAGCCGAUGAGGAUAAUGAGUUAAAUACAAUAAUUGUGCUAAAAAUUAUAAUAAUUGUUGAUUAAUAAUGUAUGAAAUCGUAGGCUGUCCGUCUUGUGUGUCCAUCCGUAAUGUCCAAAACCAUGCAUGGGAAGGUCACGUGACCGGAUGCAUGCUUUCAAUUUGAUGUGUUUUGAACUAUGCGACGUCGUGGUUACAAAACGCACCGUCACGUUUGUGGUCGCUGUCAAGAGUGAGAGGCGGCGAUCGCCUCUGUAGAGAAUUUUAAUGACUAAGAUUACACGGUCAGGGACUAGUCCUAACAAUGAUUAUUAUGAGAAUACAAGUAAUAACUAUGGAGCUAUUUGUGUAAAUGUGUAAAGUUGUGUAUAGUUAGACUUACUGCAAUAACUCCGAGAUGACAAGGAAAUUAACAGUUAUUGUGCCAUCUGGACACAGUGAUAAUAUCUGUGUUUUGCCCUGAACAAUAAUAAUGUUCAAAUAUUCUGGUCAGAUGGCACUGGCCAAGUGUUUAACUCACAGCUGGUAAAAUUGUGAGUUGAAAUCACUGUAAAGGUUCUAAGCCCAUGAUCCCUGGGGGGACACAACAAUAUUACCGUAUUCUCCAGAUUAUAAGACAUUUCCGAAAGUAAGACACACUCCAAACUUGCGCCCGGUGACAAUACAAUGAUUCAAAUCUGGUCACACAAGCGUAACGACGGUGGUGUGCGCGUGAGACUAGAUUUACAUAUUUUAAUCUGGAGAAUAUGUUUAUGCUUAACACACCCGCAGUAUUAACCAGGGCGGCCAGCAGGCCCAAACCACAGACCUUCGUAGCGAGACGACAAACGCGCCACUGCUCGGCAAAGUCACCGUCGCAGUUUGACGAUGUCACUGACUACUGCGAAGCCUCUUGUCGACUCCUGGUUCUUAGCGAGCUUGCAAAUGUCCAUCUGUAGCUGCGAUGGUUUGGGCUCGGGGGGGGGGGGGUGGUCUCUGUGGGGGGUUCGUUAGGUCUUCCAUAAAGUCAGCCGGGCUUUGACCCCGGCACAUCUUCACUGUGAGGGUGCCAGGGUGGCGAGAUGUUAACUACCUCGCCUGGUAUACAGGAGGUCAUGGGUUCGAUCCCGACGCUGAUGCCUGUGUAUUUGGAGUUUUGCAUGGUCUCUCACCAUGGUCGCGUGGAUUUUUCUCCGGGUUCUCCGGUUUUUCCCCGCCACAUUUAGAAACGUGCGCUUAAAGAGUAUUUGGCUGCGUUACAUUUCCACGUCAUAAGCCACUUCGUUGAGCUAUCACAUUUUGUGGGCCAGGUCACUUCUUCAAAAGAGCUAAAAAUAGCUAAGUGGGCCUUACCCGGUAAAAAGAAAAAAAUGUGUUUAGUUUUUAGAGCUCGACGUGACAAUGAAGCGACGGCAAUUUACCAAGGUUCCUUAAGGGGACGCGACAAUUUUGAUUGACCUGCAAGCGACCCCCAUCGCAAAGUGACUUCUCUCGCUUCGUGUGGGAGGCCUCCUGGGAGGCCUUUGGCCAGUGUCGAGUUAAGGGGGAGGGGUGGCGCUUAAUUCAGGCGGGUAUCGUUCAAAAGUCGUGUGUCGGUUAAAGUCGAGCGUGGUGGUGGUGAUGUCCGUAAUUAACAAUGGAGACUCACCCUAUGUCGAUUAGGGGGUGGGUGGGGUGGGGGCGGUGAAGGGCUUGAAAAGAUAAAACCACAGAAGUGAGUGCUGCUUGUGGGGGUGCGGUCGUUAUUAGUCGGGGGUCUGCCGCCCCCCCCCAUCCACGAUUCGAUUAAUCGUUUUGAUUCACGAAUCGAUUAAAAUUGGUCUCUUUUUUUUUAACGAUACAUCGGAUUCAUACUCUUAGUUUUUUUCGGGAAAGUCACGUAGGUAAAAAAUAAAUAAUAAAACUAAUAGAAAUAAUUAUAGAAAUAAAAUAAUAAAUCACGACGUUUCGGUGGCAACACAAGUCUCCGUCAUCAGGUGGGACCGUCAGCUAGAUUUACUGUAUCAAGUGAGGAAAAAUCCAAGGGACAAGCUCUUAAAUACAAGUUGCGGGGGGGGGGGGGCUUAUCUGAAUGUGGUAGCCAGGGAAUGGAACGGUGGGGGGGGGGGGGGCUAAAAGAGAACGAUAGGUGCACAUCGACUCGGGGUUGUGGCCGGUGUUAGCUGAUAAUAAACAUAAAAGAUACAUCGGAUGUCGGGGUCUCUAGUAGCCACAGAGGUCAUAAGAGUGCCAUGCAUGCAAACAUGCGCUCAAAAUAAAACACAUCCACUCUUUACGCGUGGGAUCCAAUGCAACUAUUGUUGAAUGUAGCCUAAUGUCUGUAGCCUCGAAAAGUAUCGAUUCAUUGCAUCGUUACAUCCUUAAAUAUAAAAAAACAUGCAGUAAUUAGCAAAUGCAAGAUUGAUUUCAGUGUCCGUGGCACCCCGGUUAUCACUAACCGUGCUCUUUAAAAGUCCAGCGCAUGUGCCUAGAUCCAGCACCACUGCGUUAACUGUUUAGGCGUGGUCACUCGGUCGAGAAAGAGAAAUGUGUGUAUAUAUAAGGUAUGCACCAAAGUGGUCGUGUUCCUCAAUAACGUCAUUUGUCCUCCGUCCUUGGCCCACGGAUUGGGCAUUCAGUGAGGCGCGCACACACGCACACACAGGAGUCGAUUGGUGAACACAUAUGUCGGCCACUUGGAAGAGCCCCCGGUGAUCGUGAGCCAACCAUGUGAUGGGUCAGCACUCCCGCUAGCAGUGGAAUCAUGUUAAUUGGUACGAUGAAAACACGGUUAGAUUAAAUUAGCCUUUUUAUCAAAGCGUUGUUGGGGUUUUUUUUUUACCUUCCAGUUUGAGGAUCAGCUUGUGGUUGCCUGCAGUGUUAUUAUUUUUUGACAUAUCAAAAUGAGGUGCCUCUUGCAACAGAGGCCGACUUGGGAGAGUUUUUUACCCCAGAUAUCAUCAAACGAUACAAUGAGAUAAACCACCAGUGGCGUGGCGAUGGAAUGGGCAGGUGGUGCGAAGGCACUGGGAAUCCACGGGCCAGAGGGGUCGAGGCACGGGAGGGCAUUGCAUAGGAGAGGCUGCCCCGCCGUCUGUAAUAUCCUGCACCAAGGGCCAUGCCAACCACGCUACGCCACUGGUGAUCAAGGUGAUGAUCUCCUUCAAUUACGCGUCCCAGGACCAAAGCAAAUGGGCAGUGUUGAUUUGUUACGGUUGAAGUAAAAAAAAAGCAAAUAAAUACAUUUACGACGUAGAUAAUUAUACGAAUAUACCGCAGUAUGUGGAUGUUAAGGUCUUCAGUGCACGCAUGCCGUACAUUUUGUAACGGAAUAAUCGUGAAAUGAAUCUGCUGCCGCGGUUCUAAGCAAAAAAAAGAAGAUGAUUUUACAAUAUCAUUUGAUGUUGGCUUCUCGUGGUCGUAUUUGGUGUCUACUCUGAGGUCUAUGUCAUGCCUCUGUUACCCGAACCCUUGUCCACCACUGACUCAACCGUGACUUCCACCACAACCCAUGCGUGUUUCAGUGCCAGCGUUUGUAGUGUGCUCUUGUGUGGCGCCAUCUGCCAGGCGUUUCAAUUAACGCAAGUCUUCCAAUGCAACGACGAUGUUGAGUGCCCUGGCCUCUCCGUGGUUGUGCGAGUUUGUGGCCGAGCUUAAAAUAAAUGUGGGCGAUUGUUAAGCAGCGAUGAUGAUGAUGAUGAAUAAAACAUAAAUUGACAA